AUGUUUGCGCCUCCGUUCCCUCCUGCAAGUGGAGGGGCACCACAAGGACAGCCAGGCGUCCCGUUUCCGCCGCAGAAUUCGAAUGCGCCAAGUGGUCCUUUUCAGCCUCCUCAGUUUGGCGGCUACCCGAAACCAUCUUUCGACUCGUCACAAGGAUAUAGCAACACUCCACAGGCAGAAAAUUCUUCGAAUUAUUCACAAUCUUCUCAUCCGCAAGCAAAACCGUUUCCACCUGGUCUCAAUUCCACAGCACCGUCUCAGCAGCAUCACGUUGGACCUCCGACCAUGAAUGGUGUUCCUGGAGCUGGAUCGCACCCUCCAUCCCAUCAGGGCUAUCAAUCUCCAGCAAAUGGCUUUGCACCACAUUCAGCUGCCAAUAUUCAGAGCCCACAACAGGCUGCUUCAGCAACUUCUCAGUCAAAUGGUCCUGCACCACCGACAUCAGCCCAAUCUCGCCCUGCCCCUUUCCCUCCUCAGCCUACGCAGUCAUUCCCGAACACGAAUCAAGCCCCGCAGCAGUCUUAUGGCAUUGGUGCUCAGCAGAGUCACUCAAAUCAGGGCUAUCCACAAACGAGUGCGUUCCAACCACCACAAGUUUCCCAACAGCAUCCAGCUGGAGCUCAAACUGCUCAUGGUGAGAGUCUCUUCGCAUAUCCCUUACACAGAUGGACAUGGAACAACAGCUUUUUUCAGGUGGAGCGCCGCCGCCACAAAACGCCGGUUUUCCUGCUCCAGGUCCAGGUACUUGUAACUAGAGCGUUACAUCUUCACCUUACCUGUAUCUUAUUAUUUUCAUCCUUUACAGCUGUCAGCAGCCAAUCUCAUUUUGGAGGUGGUCCUCCCAGUAUGCCCGGAAGUUUCCCUCCUGGUUUAUCUGGAGCCGGUCGUGGUAUGUCGGGGGCAGCUCAUCCUGGAAUGCCGGGAGCCGGUCCUCCUGGUAUGCCUGUAGCUGGUCCUCCUGGUAUGCCUGGAGCUGGUCCUCCUGGUAUGCCUGGUGCUGGUCAUCCAGGUAUGCCUAGCUCCGGAUAUCCUGGUAUGCCUAGUGCAGGUCUAGGUAUGCCCAGUGCAGGUCCAGGUAUGCCCGGUGCAGGUCCAGGUAUGCCCGGUGCAGGUCCAGGUAUGCCCGGUGCAGGUUCAGGUAUGCAUGGUGCUGGUCCAGGUAUGCUUGGUGCUGGUGCUCCUGGCAUGCCGGGUACUGGUCCUCCAGCCAUGCCUGGUAUGCCAAAUGUUGGCCCACAAGGCAUGCCUGGCGUCGGUCAUCCUGGAAUGCCGGGUGGUGGGCCUCCCGGCAUGCUCGGUGCUGGUCCUCCUGGUAUGCCAGGAUUUUCUCAAGGACCUGGUAUGCCACCUGGUGGUCCAUCCAUGCAGCCUCGUCAACCGCAACCUCAACCACAACAGCGCCUUGAUCCAAACAUGAUGCCAAGUGCGGUCGAAGUAAUGGAAAUAGAUUCCGCACAAGCUGGACAAUUCCCAACAGGAUACCCUCAUGCGAACCCUCCUCCCCUUGUUUCUACGGACUUCUAUGCUGUCGAUCAAGGAAACUGCUCUCCGAGGCUAAUGAGGUCCACAAUGUAUAUGGCACCCGCUUCGAACGAUUUGCUCAAAUCUUCGCAGAUUCCGUUUGCUGUAGCCUGUUCACCGUUUGCAACCCUCCAUCCACAGGAGCGCCCUGCACCUAUCAUAGAUCUUGGACCAGGCGGACCUGUUCGCUGUCAGCGUUGUAAGGCAUAUAUGUGCCCAUUCAUGGAAUUCCAAGACGGUGGUCGUCGCUUCCGGUGCCCGUUUUGUCACGCUUCCACUCCAGUGGAAGACGUCUACUUCGCUCAUCUUGACCAUACUGGUCGUCGAACCGACAUCGACCAUCGCCCGGAGUUGUUCUUAGGAGCCUACGAAUUCAUUGCUACCAAGCAAUAUUAUGUUUCUUACAACGCUAUACAAAAUGGUAUGCUGCAUGUGGUUUGUGCGAAUCUUGAGAGAAUCCUACAUCGCUUGCCAAAAGAACUUGGUGCUUCUGAGUCAGUUAUACAUGUGGGACUCGCUACAUUUGAUCAAGUGGUGCACUUCUUCGACUUAUCUGCUACUCAACCUUCGAUGAUGGUUGUAGGAGAUGUUGAUGAUAUGUUUGUUCCUAUUGUGGACGGCCUUCUUAUGCCAUAUUCGCAAGCAGUACAGGCGAUCCGAGCAGCUCUAGCGGAGAUCCCUCGUCUGUUUUCAUCGUCGAGAAUAACGGAGACAAUAUUGGGCCCUGUCGUGCAGGCUGGACUGGAUGCUCUUCAGUGUGCUGAUCGUGCUGGUAAAUUGAUGAUCUUUUCCACUUCAUUGCCAACUGUGGAAGCUCCAGGGAAGUUGAAGACAAGAAAUGAAAGGAAUCUUCUAGGCACCGAUAAAGAAAAGACCGCUCUUACACCACAAGGAGAGUUUUAUACGAAACUUGGCGAACAAUGUGUUAAAGCUGGUGUCACUGUGGAUCUCUUCCUCUUCCCGAAUUCAUUUGUGGACGUCGCUUCUAUCGCUCAGCUUUCGGCCGUAACUGGUGGAAACGUCUACAAGUAUCAGUAUUUCGUGGCGGAUAAAGAUGCUCCUCGGUUCUUGGCUGAUCUCAAUCACGACGUUUCGCGGCAGAUAGCGUUUGAUUGCAUGGCGAGGGUACGAUCGAGUGCUGGCAUUAGACCUGUCCUCUUCCAAGGUUCAUUUUUCAUGGAAAAUACAACGGAUUUGGAAAUGGCGUCAAUAGACGAAGAUAAGACAUUCUUCGCAGAGUUGAAACAUGAUGACAAGCUUACCGACCAAAAUGCAAUCAUACAGUGUGCGAUUCUCUUUACAUCAGUUAGUGGACAGCGCCGCCUACGUAUUUUGAAUCUGUGUCUUCCCGUGUCUUCAGACUAUAAUCAGCUCUAUCGAGUAGCCGAUCAGGGAGCACUGGUCUCAUAUCUGCUGAAAAAUGCCGUGCAAAUAAAUCGCGACAAGGGUCAAAAAGAGAUGAAAGAACAAAUUUUCCAGCGAUGUGCACAAAUUCUUGCAACGUACAGAGAGAAAGUCAGCGAGUCCGCGCCUCUUGGUCAGCUGAUAUUACCUGAAACCUUGAAGCUCUUGCCUCUGUUUGUCAACUCUAUUGUCAAAAACGAUUCUAUAAAUGGAGGCAGUGAAAUGACCGUGGACGAUAAAGUUUGGAUGAUUGAACUGAUCCGUGGAAUGCGGAUAGAUCAUACGAUGUUAUUGCUGUAUCCGAAGAUUGCACCUGUUGAUCACUUAGAACUACAGGAUCCUCAAGAGAUUACUUCCAUCGCUAGCAGUGUCAGAGCAAGCUAUGACAAUCUUUCUAACACAAAGGCGUACUUGAUCGACAACGGCAUUGUGCUGUUCCUUUGGAUUGGUCUAGGUGUUGCUGAAUCUUGGGUUCAGGAUAUCUUUGGAGUUAAUAAUGUCGCUAUGCUUGAUACAGAGAACGCUCAAAUACCAGAAAAGGACAACCCGCGAUCUAGAGGUCUUCGCCGAGCAGUUGAACUUCUUCAAGAGGUUGGGCCACGAAAGAGGAAGUUAUUUGUUAUUCGAGAGAAGGACGCUCUGGAGCCAUGGAUGAAAAAGUUCCUCGUAGAAGAUCGUUCUGGGCCGAAUGUCAUGUCUUACGUGGACUUCUUGUGCUACAUCCAUCGUGAGAUCAGAAACAUACUCGCUUGA